UUCAACUUGGACCACUUUGUCUCCGAUGCACUUUUUUUUUUUAACAGACUGCAGUUGGGCGCCGCCACAACUUAACGCAACACUUCCGUUUCCAACAACACGACAAGGCAGGGUGAGAGUCGCAUCAUCCUCUGCCGCCAACAAUGGAGGGAAGGCUGCUAUUUUGUCCAAAGUGGCACAACGCGCUUUGCGUUGGGAUUUUAAUGACAUUCUUUAUAUUCCAAGGCGUCAACACUGAAAUAACCUGCAGGUCAUGUUGGGUUGGAAAUCAGGGGCUUGCGCGGGAAUUACUGUUGCAAUUUGAAAGUGCCUCCGGAUUAAAAGAAGAAGUUUUUGGACACAAUGACGGAGCAGAGAGAUCCUGGGCUGCAGGUGCCGGAACUCGAAGGCUCCGUCGCGCAUCUUUGCCCGCUGAACGCGCGCCGCAUCGCGCAGAAGAGCUGAGACAUAUGCGGAAUACAGAUGACCACGUCGGAGAGAGACACUUUUCAAACAUCCAACAAUGCAACAGCAGUGGCGGUGCUUGUAAAAAGCGUCCCAGAAGGAGCCGAGAUGAUAGCAGAGUCGGACACCCUGGAAGAAGAGAGACGCGCUCCGAGCUGCGCUGGAGGGGAGAGGAGAGGAGAGUCGGGGGCUCCAGCCAGGAUGAGCUCAAACUUAACAGCUCCACCUUCGCCUUGACAGGGGACUCGUCUCAUAACCAAGCUAUGGUGCAUUGGUCUGGGCACAACAGCAGCGUGAUUUUAAUGCUGACCAAAUUGUUUGACUUCAACCUCAACAGCGUCACUGAGAGCUCACUAUGGAGGUCAACUGACUAUGGAGCAACAUACCAGAAACUGAAUGACAAAGUUGGAGCAAAGACAAUACUCAGUUAUUUGUACGUGAGCCCAAACAACAAAAGAAAGAUAAUGCUGUUAACUGAUCCAGAAGUGGAGAGCAGUCUUCUAAUUAGUUCGGAUGAAGGAGCCACAUAUCAGAAAUACCGACUGACCUUCUACAUCCUCAGCCUCCUUUUCCACCCAGAGCAAGAGGACUGGAUCCUGGCUUACAGUCAUGAGCAAAAGCUCUACAGCUCAGUGGAGUUUGGGAGGAGGUGGCAACUGGUGCAUGAAAGAGUGGCCCCCAAUCGUUUCUACUGGUCUAAAAUGGGUCUGGACAAGGAGCCAGGUUUGAUUCACCUGGAAACCACCAUCUCUGAAGGACAGGCACUGUAUGUCACCUGCAAGCUGCAGAACUGCACAGAUGCCAACAAGGUCAAACCAUUCCCUGGCUACAUCGACCCCAAUUCUCUGGUGGUUCAAGAUGAGUAUGUGUUUGUCCAGGUUUCCACUGCAGGGAAGCCGAUCUACUAUGUGUCUGCAAAGAGGGAUGUCUUUACUCCAAUGAAACUGCCAAAGUACGCUUUGCCCAAGGACCUGCAUGUGAUCAGUACGGAUGAAAACCGUGUUGUGGCUGCUGUGCAGGAGUGGAACCAGAACGAAACGUAUAAUUUAUAUGUGUCAGACACUUCAGGAGUUUAUUACACUAUGGCACUGGAGAAUGUUGUCAGUAGCAUGGGUCCUGAAGGAAACAUGAUGGUUGAUCUGUAUGAGGUGGCAGGAAUAAAAGGGAUGUUCUUAGCCAACAAAAAGACGGAUAAGCAAGUGAAGACAUAUAUUACCUACAACAGAGGCAGAGACUGGCGGUUACUGCAGGCCCCAAGCAAAGACCUGAGAGGCAAUAGCAUACACUGUAUGCUUCCAUAUUGUUCACUACAUCUUCAUCUUCACGUGUCUGCAAAUCCCUACACAUCGGGUAACAUAGCGAGUAGAGACUCUGCGCCAGGAAUCAUUGUGGCGUCAGGUUCCUUUGGUUCGGAGCUCAGCAACAGCAAUGUCAGUGUGUACAUCACUUCAGAUGCAGGGAACACAUGGAGACAGAUCUUCAGUGAAGAAUAUGCAGUGCUGUAUCUCGACCAAGGAGGAGCAUUAGUUGCAAUAAGACACACUCCGCUUCCCAUCAGACACCUGUGGUUGAGCUUUGACGAAGGACGGCAGUGGAACAAGUACAGCUUCAUCAGUACCCCUCUGUUUGUGGACGGUGUCCUGGGAGAACCCGGGGAAGAGACGCUCAUCAUGACGAUAUUUGGCCACGUCAGUCAUCGCUCGGAGUGGCAGUUGGUGAAAAUAGACUUCAGGUCAAUCUUCAACAGGAGAUGCACAGAGGUGGAUUAUCAGACGUGGCACCUUCACAAUCAGGGGGAGCCGUGCCUGAUGGGAGUGAAAAGAAUAUAUCGGAAGCUGAAGCCCACAUCUCGGUGUGUGAUGGGAAAGCUGUACUCAGUUUCAAUGGUGUCAGGGCCGUGUGACUGCACAGAGGCCGACUUUGAAUGUGAUUAUGGUUAUGAGAGACGGACUGAUGGCAAGUGUUCUCCCGCCUUUUGGUUCCAGCCAUCAGUGAUGUCCAGAAGAUGCACCACGGGGAUGACAUUCCUCAACAGCACAGGCUAUAGGAAGGUGGUAUCGAACAACUGUACAGCCGGAGUAAUUGUGGAAUACACAGCCAGGAGGCAGCAGUGUCCCAUGCAAGCGCCCAAAGGUCUUCACCUGGUCACCAGCGAGGGUACGCUGACGGCUGCACUGGGCACCAAUGUCACCUUUCUUGUUUUUCUUGAGCAGGGUGACGGGACAAGGACAAGCAUUACACUAGACUUUGGGGAUGGUCACGCUCUGACUUAUUCCAAUCUGAGCUCAAUUGAGGAUGGAAUCAAAUACAUCUACAAAACAGCCGGCAUCUACCGGGUGACUGCUUUGGGGGAGAAUAGCCUCGGCUCAGAAACUGCCAUCCUCUACCUCCACAUAACAUGUCAGCUGGAGUACAUCCAUCUCUCAGCUCCCUUUGUGGCUGUAAGGAAUAAGGAAGUGAACCUGACAGCAGUUCUGUGGCCCAGCCAAGUGGGAACAGCAACCUAUAUCUGGUGGAUUGGAAAUAACACUGAGCAGCCCAUAAUCACCCUGGAGGGAAGUGUGACAUCCACGUUUUCCCAGGAAGGCAUCAGCACGGUGACUGUGCAGGUGUCUGUAGGGAAUACUAUUCUGCAGGACAGAAAGACUAUCUCUGUCCACGAAUAUUUCCAGUCUCACCUGCUGGCCUUUUCUUCAAAUCUGGAUGACCACAACCCUGAUGUUCCAGAAUGGAGGUUGGAUGUGAGCCGAGUUAUCAAGAACUCUCUUAUCCAGGCCACAGGCGUGAGUGGGGAUCAACUCCUGGUCAGUGUCCUCCCAGGUUUGCCUACAACAGCAGAGCUUUUCCUCUUGCUUGACAAACACUUCAUGGAAAGGAAACCAGAGAAGAACGCUGCUCAUUUGAACGAAUUCUCUGAAAUCAUGCUGAGUGCCUUGAAUCAAAACCUGGUUAGGUUUACCCUACGGCCUGGGGUCCAGGUCACAGUCUUUGCAGCACACCUGUCAGCAGCACCCCUAGUGGACAGCAACGAGAACCACAGUACCUCUGCCAUGCUAAUGCUGCUAUCAGUUGUGGUUGUGGGUUUAGCUGUAUUUAUCAUCUACAAAUUCAAGAGGAAGAUCCCAGGCCUCAACGUCUAUGCGCAGAUGCAGAACGAAAAGGAACAAGAAAUGAUGAGUCCAGAUAAUCCAAUAGAAGCCACGGCCAGCUCCCAGCGGGACUUGGUUCAUUCUUUGGAGACUCUGGACACAGCAUUUAACUCGCAGCCCAUCGGAUGUAAGAAACCUCAUGCUCAUGUGAAAUUCUCCACAGAACUCCCCACGUAUGUUGUAUAAACUUUGGACUGGACCACUACUUCUGCUGCAUCAUUUUAUAAAUCAUUUGGGACUCUAUGGUUUUCAGCUUUAUACCUGUGCAUGUAUUUUUCAUACUAGAAGAAACUAUGGACACAUUAUUAUUUUCUUUAGACAUACUGUAUAUCAUAUGAUAUAUGACAUUUUUAUGGAUUCAUCUACUUAGAGAAGUCAUCACCACAGUGCUGAGUUUGAUGACAGCAUGAUGGAAAAGGGUGAUAAUUGUUAAGAACUAAUCUUAUGGUUUUGCCUACAUGUAGACAAUUUGUUUAUAUGACAAGCAAAUAGCAGCAGUAUAUUGUAAAACAGUGUAUUAUUUAUUGCUAUAAAUAUACAUUUGUUAUUGAUGUGAAUUACAUCUAAUUUGUAAAAUAUGACUGUCAAUAUAUGUUAAUAAUGUAUGUAUUUCAGUAACAAGUGUUAUCCAAAACAGAAAUGUUGCUCUUCAUUAUGAAUAAGGGCAAGGGAAGGGGACUCCAUUAUUUCUUGGAUAGCAAAGUUAUGGCACAAGACACAUUUUCUAUUGAAAUUGUAACUUAUUCACAGUGGGUUUAUUUUUGUCUUUAUUUUUAUUCAUUUUGUUUUGAAGCUCACGCUUCCUGUAAUGCAUAUGAUGCUUACCAAUGUAACAAUGUAAUGUCACAUAUUCUUACAGACUAUAUUAAUGGUUAGCUUGUUCAAAAUGGAACUAUUCUUUUCAUCGUAUACGUAGUGUCUUAGAUAAGAUGCACAUCCUCUGAGAUGACUUUCAAUUCCUCAUUUUGGUAGGCGAAGCAGGAUAUUUUUGAAGGGGUUGGUGUUGUAGCAAAGCAUUUCCCAAAAGACACAAUUCUCUGCAUACCCUAUAUAUAUCCCAUAAGAGCCCAGUCUUACAGAAAUGUAUUUUGGACAUUCAUUCAGAAUGUCUUCCUUAUUUCAAAGUAACUCAACUUGACAGCUUUCUGUGUUGUGUAUGUGGACUUGGGCUUGUGCUUGUUUUAUAUGAAUUAAUUCAUUCCAUUCCAUUUCAUUUUCCUUGGUUUAUCUGCGUCCGGGUCCCAGGGGAAGCCCAGACUUCCCGGUCCCCGGCCACCUCCUCCAGCUCCACCGGGAGGACCCCAAGGCGUUCCCAGGCCAGCUGUGAGACAUAAUCCCUCCAGCGUGUCCAAGGUCUGCUCUGGGGCCUUUUUCUGGCUGGGCAUGCCCAGAACGCCUCACCGGGGAGGCAUUCAAGAGGCAUGUGGACAAGAUGCCCGAGCCACCUCAACUGGCUUCCCCCGAUGUGAAGGAGAAGCGGCUCUACUCUGAGCCCCUCCCGAAUGUCUGAGCUCCUCACCCUAUCAAUAACUAAAAUGAUCUUUAACCACAAAAAAUAAGGAAUUUCCGCAAUGACACUUGAGUGGCACACGACAAAUAUGACCACAUGGUGUGUUGCAUAAAGACAAUCGAAUAGCUGUGAAAACUUAUCGUCCGUGUCAGACAUAAAUAAUGCUUCUAGCAUAUUUAUUUGCAUUCGUACGACACAUCAGUCUGCAUAAAUCCAUUUUUGAAUGCAUCCUCCAUUGUUUUGCUGCAAUGUUUGGCCAAGCCCCCGAGUUUCCAGAGUGAUGGUGUCUGCUGGCCAUUGUAGACCAAUUUCACACGGUAUUUCUGGGCCACUAGAAGUGCCGGACCCUGUACCACUUCCCCAUCUUCAGUGGGGACCGCUGUGGCAGCCAGGAGAAUCAGGGUGGAGAGGGGCCAGGACACAUUGCCUGUUUGCCUUUGAGUCCUCAUGGGGCAGCAACGGUUAUCGCGUCACAACUUUGGUUUUAAUAUAAAGUUUGUCAAAACAGAGGGUGUCCAUACCUGGCACCACUCCACCACAGAAGACAGGUUCAGCAGCCACUCUUUUGUUAUUUUGUUGUUUUUUUUCUUGAGAGCUGUAUGAAAGUGAGAGUACUAGUGAGAACAAUACAUUUAUUUAAUUGUUACCCAAUGAUUGCCCAUCAGUCACAUCUAAGUAUUACACAACUCUGAUUGUGCUAGGUAAGUGUUCAUCCUGAAGCCCCUGAAGAACAGAGUACAGAAUUAGAAUGGAAUUAGAUUGUUUAAUAUCUAACACUACAAAUAUGCUUAUUUGUCCCAACUGUUUGACCCUAGGCUGCACGGUGGAAAGUGGUUAGCACACAGGCCACACAGCUAGGAGACCAGAGUUCAAUUCCACCCUCGGCCAUCUCUGUGUGGAGUUUGCAUGUUCUCCCCGUGCAUGCGUGGGUUUUCUCACCCUUUCCAAAAAUAUGCUAGGUUAAUUGGCGACUCCAAAUUGUCCGUAGGUAUGAAUGUGAGUGUGAAUGGUUGUUUGUCUAUAUGUGCCCUGCGAUUGGCUGGCCACCAGUCCAGGGUGUACCCCGACCCUCGUGAGGAUAAUAAUGAAUGUUUGAGCCUGUGAUGACAACGACCGGAUGUGACGUCACGUAAAACGUAGCAAUAGAGCCCAUUUUAGGACAUAAGUGCUGGUGAAACGCCUUUCAUCAUGGAUUCUUAUGGGAUAUACUAACAUUAUAUGAGUUUGUUUUGAAAUGGUAGCCUACGUUUUUAUUAUUUUAAUUGACUGAUUUGAAAUUGUGAAAUGUUUACGUUUCUGUUGUUUUGGGGGAUUUUUUCAACUUGAAUUACAAAUUGGAACAGAUCAAAGGCUUAUGUUCAAUUGCCUAGGAUGUGUGUGUUGGAAGAGGGCUGGGGGGGGGGGGGGGGGGGAUUUUGGGGCCCAUGACGGGGCCCAAGAAAAUAGUAAAAAUUGAGAAAACCUGAGGUUUUCCUUUUAGAAUUUAGGUGCUCCUUUCACAGGGCAGACUCUGUUUCCAUUGCUUCCAUUUCAAGGUAUCAAAAGUUUUAUUAUAGUUCAUUAGCAUUUUACCAACUGGUAAUGAGUAUAUUUGAAGUUAUCACCAACAGCUUAGUGUUUGAGGCCCGAUGCCAAUAUAAUGGAGAGAGGACUCUAACCUGCCCUCAACACAAGGGAGUGGAAAUGACUCACCCAGAUAAGAUCAGGAGGUUGGUUAUUAUAAGCACCUACUAGGUGAAGGCCAGGCUGUGCAGACAGGAAGUGUUGUUCCAAGAAAUAACAUUGGUCUCCUUGUUAUGAUACAUUGUAAUGUGACAGAACCCAAGCGUGUGCUAACCGGCCCUCUCUCUUAGCGCUACACUUUUUUCAUCUGCUCCCCCCCACACACACCCUUCCCCUGCAGAAUUAGCAAGAUUAUUAUUUUUUUAGAGAAAUACUACUACUAAUAAUAAAAAUACAUUUUAUGAACUGUACAGCUUUUGUAUAAGAACAAAUGUUAAGGUGCAACGGUGUUUUGUUUCAAUCAACUGUGCUGUGUGUAAUUGUUUGAUGCAUUUACAAUCAUAUUUAUUAAAUGGGAAGAACUCUGUUAACCGUGUUUUCUUUUCCUGCCGUGAUUAUUAUGGAUUUGGAAAAGUAAUGAUGAUGAUUAAACCUGAAGGGGUUCAUUUGCCUACUGGUGGGCGCUGCAAAGCGACUCUGUAGCUAAUUGUGAAUAAAAUCAUGGUUGGUAAAAAUGAAGUUGGGGACAUACAGUAUAUUUUUAAUGUGCCAAUGUGUCUUAUUUAUCUUAGAGAGAGGGGACGGAUGUGCAACAGAAGUUAGUGAGAACGUCCAGUUCCUCACCUGGGUAGUACUGGCCUAUUAUGUAUCAGGCGCUGCAAAGCCAGGACUCUAAUCAUGGGAUCUGACUGGAAAACCUGGGGAUAAACCGGGAGAGUAAGAUACAGUGGUAAAUUCAUCACCCGUUUGUGCUGUGCUGAUAUGGUCUUAUUUAUCUUAUUUACUGUAUACAGUCAAUUUUUUAUAGUUACUCUGACUUGGGUCGAUACUUAUGCAAUCAU